AUGGGGGAGCCGCCGCGCCUGGCCCGGCAGCUGCUCCUGGGCGGCCUGGCCGCUGCCUACGUCGCCGCCUUCGCCUCGCUCUAUCUGCAGAUACCGGGACUCUAUGGGAAAGAUGGCAUCCUGCCAGCCCGCAAGAUGCUGCGUCUCUCCGGGAAGGGCUUCUGGGAGCAGCUGCGGGACUCCCCGACGCUGCUGUGGUUUGGCCCACGCCUGGGACUGGACACAGAACAGGGCAUGGAGCUGCUGUGCCUGCUGGGUGUACUGAUCUCCUUUGGCGCCCUGGUGCUUGAGCCCUUGCGGGACAGCCUCAUCUUCUUGCUGCUCUGGAUGCUCUACCUCUCGCUUUACCAGGUGGGGCAGGUGUUCCUGUACUUCCAGUGGGACAGCCUCCUCCUGGAGACAGGCUUCCUGGCCGUGCUGAUGGCCCCCCUGCACCUGCUGAAGUGGCGCUCCACAGCCUGGCGGCCACACGACAGCAUCACCUUCUGGCUGAUGCGCUGGCUGCUCUUCCGCCUCAUGUUCGCCUCGGGGGUGGUGAAGCUGACUAGCCGCUGCCCCACGUGGUGGGGGCUCACAGCCCUGACCUAUCACUACGAGACCCAGUGCAUCCCUACGCCGGCUGCCUGGUUUGCCCACCAGCUCCCUGUGUGGUUCCAGAAGUUCAGCGUGGUGUUCACGUACGUCAUCGAGAUCGCUGUGCCCCUGCUGUUCUUCUCCCCCAUCCGCCGCCUCCGCCUCUUCGCCUUCUACUGCCAGGUCCUGCUCCAGCUGCUGAUCAUCAUCACAGGCAACUACAACUUCUUCAACCUGCUCACCAUCGUCCUGUGCUUCUCACUGCUGGAUGACGAGCACGUGGGGCUGUGGCUGGGGCGCGGCAAGAGGAGACCCGCCAGUGCCUGGCCUCCAAGCCUGCUGUCUGUCCUCUCCACGCUGCUGGAGCUGACUGUCUAUGGGUUAUUCAUCUACUGGACUAUCCAGGACUUCGGCCUGCAUUUCAACUGGGAGAAGCAGCUCAUUGAAUCCAAAACAGCUUUCACUUAUCAUGACUUCAUCCAGUGGCUGAAGACCGUGACUCUCCCGGUAGUGGGGUUGGGCCUCCUCUCCCUGGCCUGGGAGAUCCUCUCUGCCAUGUACAGGUGUGCCUGUGUCCGGGGCUUUCCCUGGAAGCUCUGGGCUACUCUCCAGUGGGCUGUCUUCACUGCAGCAGCAGCAGGGAUGUUUGCCGUCAGCCUGGUGCCCUUCACCUACAUAGAGUACGAGUCGAAUGGGAAGCUGUGGCCCAGCAUCCACCAGAUGUUCGGUGCUGUUGACCGCUACCAGCUGGUGAACUCAUACGGGCUCUUCCGCAGGAUGACGGGGGUCGGGGGCCGGCCAGAGGUGGUGGUGGAAGGAAGCUAUGACAAGGAGAAAUGGACGGAGAUUGAGUUCAUGUACAAGCCAGGGAACGUCAGCGCAGGGCCUCCUGUGGUGGCCCCGCACCAGCCCCGCCUCGACUGGCAGAUGUGGUUUGCAGCCUUGGGGGAUCACACUCACAGCCCCUGGUUCACCAGCUUCGUCUAUCGCCUGCUGCAGGGCAAGAAAGAAGUGAUCCACCUGGUACAGGUUGACGAAACUAAAUACCCAUUCAGCUCACGGCCGCCUGCCUACAUCCGAGCCCAGCUCUACAAGUACUGGUUCACGGAGAGCACCAAGGACGGGGGCUUCCCCCGCCAGUGGUGGCGGCGGCAGCGCGUGGAGGAGUUCUACCCCACUGUGUUCCUGGGAGACCCCAAUCUGGAGGCCAUGCUCAAUCAGUAUGGGCUGAAGGACAAGGCGCCCCUGAAGCGCCCUACAGACGCCUUCCUGCCCACGACUCUGCAGCUUAUCCGGGAGCUGAGCCGCCCCUACACAGGCCCUGCUGUGGUGUGGUCGCUCUACCUCACCGCUGCCACCAUCUGCCUCCUGCGAGCGCUGGGCAGCAGGACGCUGGGCAGUGCCCCCAGCAGCCGGCACAAAGGCUCCAAGCGGCCUGAUGUGGCAGAGGGAGACGGGGACCAUGCGGGCAGCGAGAAGAACGGGCAGGUGAGGAAGAAGGAGGCAGAGGAGAAGGUCGAGGGCAGAGCCCGCGGGGCUGGAGACGCCCCUUCCGAUAGCCUCCGGAGCACCAAGAGGAAGAAGUAGCCCCAGAGGUGCCAGCCCUAGACCCCGCCCCCUUUCUUCCAGGCAAUGACUGAUAUGACCUCUGCUCUGAACUCCUGUCUCUGGGCUUGCCGCUCUCGCCUUGCCUGGCUCCUCCUAGCACUCCUGUCUCUGUAGCCAGACAGCAAAUAGAUCUUGUCUGCUCCGGCCACAAGCCUCACCGUGGGGGCCCAUUGGUUAUCCGCCUCCACCCCUGUUGGCUCCAUGUUGGCCUGGGCUUUCCCCGCAUAGCCCUGUGGAUCUGAGCUGCCUGCUCCCUGGGGGGCUGCUCUGCCUCCGCUCAGGACGGGUGGAAUGUCGCUUACACCCCCGUCUGCCCAAGGAGAGGCCAUGCCCUGACCUACCCCUCGCCCACCCUGCUGUGGGUGGGGCAAGGGGCUGAGGAGCAACAGCUGUCGUCCCUUUCCCUUAGGGCUGCAGGCUCUGGACACCAGUGUGGUCAGUCCCUUCCCUCCCUGCUGCCUGCUCGUGGCCCCGCUGGGGAGUUUGCUGUCCCUGAGUGCCAUGGCUCGUACAUCCGGUUAUUGCUGCUGGACAAUGGCCUCAUUUUGCCCUUACUGCUGCGAGGAGAGCUGGGGUUGGGCUCCUGGGAACGGGGAUCCCUACAGCAGACCCAGGGCGAGGAGCCACAUAAUCUCCCCCCUGGCCAGUGGCUCUUGGGGUGAAUUGCCCCAACCUGACAGAUCUCCAGCUCCUAGGGGCAUUGUAACAUGGGCAGGGUGGGAAUCCUGGCUCACCUCCCAGAGAUGCCUUUAGGCAAAGAGCCAUGGCCCAGCUUGGAUGAGCUGCAGGCUCCGUCUAUGCCCAGCCCUUCCCCUUGUGCCGAGGGACAGCAGUGACGUGCUCAUUGGGCUUUCUGCCUGCCUAUAUGGAAACCAUGCCAUCCUCUCCCCUUCCACUGCUGCCUUAACGCUGCCCCUCCUGUACCAGCCUGCUAGGGGUGGGGGCUGCUGUGCUUGCCCAGAGUUGGUGGGGGAAUCCCAUGACCAUGUACAGCGCGUUCAGGGGUAUGGACACUCUGUCUCGCUCUCCCUGGCCCCUCCCCUGGGCACAGGGCCUGGCUCAAACGUGCUUCCUGGCAGCUGUUAAGAGUGGAGAAGUUUCCUGUAACUUUCUAAAUAAAGCCUUUGACAUUCC